AGCGAAGAAAAAGUGCACUUUUUGGCAAUAUUACAAAGCCAUUUCCAAUUUUUGCAAAAAAAAAAUCUCAAAAUUGCGACUUUCACUAAUUGGAUAUAUUAUGAGAAAUUGUGCAAGUGAGUUGUGAGUAGACUGAAUCCAGCGAAUUAAAAGUUUACCUGUCAUAUGGGCCAGAGGUUGGAUUUCACAGAGCCAAUCUCAAAUCCAUUUUACGUCUGUUUAUUGUCUAACAACAAGUCGCACACAAUUUGUUAAAACAAAAACAUUUCUAAUGUUUAUUUAAUGAAUAUUUAAUUGUUCCAGAGUUAAUUGCGAAGUUAUUUAAAUCUACAAUGUUUACAAAACGUGGUUUACUAUGUGAGAACUUUGUACUAGCGGCACAUUUUUGCGUAAUAAUUUAAAGAGAUUUAUUUUUUGAAAUUUAGUUUAGUCCGAAUGGAAAUAUUUUAUUUUUUGGACAAACAGUGAAUUUUAAUUGACGAUAAGUUAAAUAAAAAUAAUUAGUCCGCAGUGAUAAUAAUUAUUCAAAGUAAUUAGGUGAAUGUGAGGGUUUUAGUGGAAUUUUGAAGGAUAUAUUCGUUAUUUUAACAAUAAACAAGAUGACACGUACCCCAACGAUAGAAACACCCCCAAGCUUUGUGGAAACUAUCAAUUUCCGGGACAUAACGCAGCUACAAGUGGUUGGAAAAGGCACGUUCGGUAUAGUUCAUAAAGGAAAAUGGCGUGAUAAGAUUGUGGCAAUUAAGAAGAUCGAGUCGGAAAAGGAACGCAAAGCUUUUCAAAUUGAAAUUAUCCAAUUGUCCAGAGUUUCUCAUCCCAACAUUGUUAAAUUAUACGGAUCUUGUGAUGAUCCCGUUUGCCUUGUUAUGGAGUAUGCAGAAGGUGGAUCACUGUACAAUGUCCUACACGGCUCUCCUCAAAUACCUUACACUUUAGCACACGCUAUGAGUUGGGUACAUCAAACUGCUUCUGGAGUCGCUUAUCUUCACGAUAUGCAGCCGAAACCAUUAAUCCACAGAGAUCUCAAACCCCCAAACCUUCUUCUUAUCAAUGGAGGGACCGUUUUGAAGAUUUGCGACUUUGGUACAGCCUGUGAUAAACAAACGUAUAUGACGAACAGCAAAGGAAGUGCAGCCUGGAUGGCCCCUGAAGUGUUUGAAAGUAACGUGUAUACGGAAAAAUGCGACAUUUUUUCUUGGGGUGUAAUUUUGUGGGAGGUUCUCACAAGGAGGAAACCAUUUGACGAUAUUGGUGGGCCAGCCUUCAGAAUAAUGUGGCAUGUGCAUAAAGGCAACAGGCCGCCUCAGAUUGCUGAUUGUCCCCCUGCAAUCGAACUUCUUAUGACGAGAUGCUGGGAUCCGAACCCAAAUACUCGACCUUCGAUGCGACGUAUUAACGACGUAACUGGUAGAAUCUGCGAACUUUUACCAGGCGCAGAUAUUCCUUUGCAAUACCCAACGGCCGCUACAAUGUCCAAUUUUCAAGAUAACAUUCCAGUGGAAACUGAACAACCAGACUCCUUCGAUGAAUUUAGUUACAGUAUUACUCCUGAUGAGGCCUCUGAUGAUCCACAUUAUCUCGCAAACACUGAGAACGGAGUUAGCAGUACUACUAGGUUCUCGAGUUGUAGUAGAAAAUCUUUACCGAGUACUCUUCCCUCUGGACCCUUGACCAUAGAUGUGGAUAAGAAUGCCUGGGAUUUUCAAGGAGAAAGUGAUGAUCUAAUUACCUUCCAGCAACAACAUCAGGAAAAACCUCAUGUACCCCUUCGAAGACGAUCGGAAAUCCCAGCGUCUUCACACAAUUCCUUUGUUCUCCGUCCCCCAGAGAUUACUCAACCGUCAAAGUUUACUCCUAGUCUGAAACCUGCGACGGAUGACAUUACAAUUGUCAACACUCAUAUUAUUGACAAGCCACGUCCUAUCCCACCACCAAAACCCUUGCCUAGUGAUCGUCCAACCACGCUGAACUUACAACCUACUCCUUCGAAAAUCUCCUUCACUGGUCCUGCUAUAACUACCACCACAUUACCGGUACCUCAACCAGGUCACAGAAGAACGGCGUCGGACGGGAGUGGAAAAAUUGACACGAACACAUCUCGUGGAUCUGGCUCGUCAGGAACAAGCUUUGGAAAUCGAGAAAGCAAAGGAGGUGGAGAUUCCUUGUAUGACAAUGCAUAUUUGAUGCUUGAGCCAGAAUUCCAGCCAAUUUCUCCUGCAACUGAUAUCUCAGAAUCAAUGAGAAUAUUUGAAGAGCAUAAAAAGCUUGCCAAAGAUUAUCUUCAAACCCGUACCGAAAUAGAAUGUCUAUUACAAGCAAAGAAAGAUUUGGAACAACAGUUACGAGAGCAAGAAAAAUAUGGUCCUUUCGGAGGCCAACGGGAUUCGCAAAGAAUUCUUAAGGAGUGGAGAGAACUGAAAAGUGAAAAUGAAAGCUUGGUACAAUAUCAUCGUAACUUGAAAAAGCAACUAGAAAUUAUCAAAUCUCGGAAACAACCUGGUCAUUCGACGGCUGGAACCCAAGAAUUUGAACCAGAACCUGGAUGGGUAAUGGUGUCUAGAAAAGAUGAUAACAAGGACGCUCCUCCUCCUCCUCCCGGACCUGCUGAAUAAAGAAAAUUUAUCACUUAACUUACGGAUAUAUGUACGUGUACCUAAACUAAAAGAGUAUGACGUGUGACGAUAUAUAUGCGGUGCUAAUGACUUACGGCUAUGAUACAAUUUGUGCAUUUGACAAAGCAUUUGUGAAAGAAUGGAUCGGGUAUUUGCAAGAAUUUAUAUGAUUUUUGAAUGCCUUUAAUAUGCCAUUAAAACGGCAAGUAUAAAUUAGGCUUUAUUAAGCGUAAUUCAAGUACAAUCGUUGUAGAUUUUGAUUGUUGUGACGCAGAAUUGUCUUGAAAAGAUAGGAAUGAAAAGUAUUUAUUAUAUGAAAUAUAUAACUACAUAUAGCCUUAUAUUUAUUAAUUAGUUUUUAAAAUUAUUGACUUUGCCGAGUAUCGCAAUACACGGAGGAAUGUUGAUGUUAUACAUAUUUUUCGGAUUGUAACAAGCGAAAUAAAUAAUAAUGCAGCGUUUUAUAUAAAAGUACAGAA